GCCCAGCCCGGUAGUUGCCUGGUAACGCCCGCUGGAGGAGUCCCAGCGAAAUAAGGUCCCCGAGAAGUGUCACUGGCCCCGAGCGGGACCCCGUUCGGAGCCUGUUCUCUCCGCGCCGGCGGCCUGCCCCCGCUGCCUGGCGGGCUAGGACAGGGGAGAUGCUGCAGGAGGAGUCGGAUCUGUCUCUCAUUAUUGCCCAGAUAGUCCAAAAGCUCAAGGACUCCAAUUUGUAUGCUCAGUUGGAACGGCAGGCCUGGGACAGUCUUCAGAGACCUGAGAUUAAACUUGAAUCACUAAAAGAAGAUAUUAAGGAAUUCUUUAAAAUAUCAGGUUGGGAGAAGAAACUUCAGAAUGCUGUGUAUAGUGAACUGAGUGUGUUUCCUUUACCUAGUCACCCUGCUGCACCUCCUGAACAUCUUAAGGAACCCUUGGUGUACAUGAGGAAAGCACAGGGAAGUUGGGAAAAAAGAAUUUUGAAGAGUUUAAAUAGUAUGUGCACUGAACUGAGCAUCCCAUUGGCGCGAAAGAGGCCAGUUGGAGAACAGAAAGAACUUCUCAAUAAAUGGAAUGAUGGGACUGAUGAACCAGAUUUAAGCCUUUUCAGACCUGUUUACGCACCUAAGGAUUUUCUUGAGGUAUUAAUUAAUCUUCGCAACCCAAAUUAUGAAAGUGGUGAUUCUCUUAGUUUCAGGACUCAUUUGGGUUUAAUCCAAGUUCCUCUCAAAGUAAAAGACAUCCCUGAGUUGAAAGAAUUCUUUGUAGAACUCGGCUUGUCUACAGGACAACUGGGUAUAGAUGACUCUACACAAGUGCCUCCUGAACUUUUUGAAAAUGAGCAUGUACGUAUUGGGCAAAAAGUUCUGGCAGAACAAGACAGUGCUGCUGCUCAGCAGUAUAUCCGACAAGGAAGUCCCACAGCACUGAGAGCUGAAUUGUGGGCGCUCAUUUUGAAUAUUUCCAGUCAACCUGAGGAUAUCUUGUAUUAUGAGCAGCUUAAGACCAAUGUGAUACAACAUGACCUUUUGGUGGAUAGUCUAAUUUAUAAAGAUGUGAAGUUGACAGCAAGCAACGAUGAUUAUUAUUUUGUAUUUGAAGAUUAUUUAUAUCAGGUAUUACUUUGUUUUUCACGAGAUACAUCUGUGUUGAGUCACUUUGCAUACAACAGUGCUUCACCGCCGAAAUCCUACAUAAGAGGAAAACUAGGACUAGAAGAAUAUGCUGUCUUUUAUCCACCAAAUGGUGUAAUCCCUUUCCAUGGAUUUUCAAUGUAUGUUGCUCCACUUUGUUUUCUAUACCAUGAACCUUCCAAACUGUAUCAGAUAUUCCGUGAGAUGUAUGUGCGUUUUUUCUUCAGACUUCAUUCCAUCUCUUCUCAUCCUUCUGGUAUUGUGUCACUCUGUCUGCUGUUCGAAACGCUUCUUCAAACUUAUCUCCCCCAACUCUUUUAUCAUCUACGAGAAAUUGGGGCUCAACCACUUCGCAUAUCAUUUAAAUGGAUGGUUCGAGCUUUCUCUGGAUACUUAGCUACAGAUCAACUCUUGCUUUUGUGGGAUAGAAUCCUAGGAUACAACUCUCUGGAAAUUCUUGCUGUCCUGGCAGCUGCUGUGUUUGCUUUCCGAGCAGUGAACCUGAUGGAGGUGACAUCACUGGCUGCAGCUGAAGCAGUUCUUGCUGACCUUUCUACUUUAAAAGUUAUGCCUCUUCUUCAGAUUUUCCUGUUUGCUACUGUCACCUGAUCUUCUUCAAGGUCACUGACAAUACAUCUAGUUUUCAUUAGAAAGUAAUCAUGAACUAUGCAAACUCUGCAUAAAACCAAAAUUAAACUUUGCAUAUAAGCCAAUAAAGAUCAUGUUCCUUCCUCAGUCAAACUUCAGUAGUUUUUCACUUUUUGAAACAGUAACUCUGUGCACACCACGUAUUGCACUGCAUGCUGCUGAUUUUCAAGACAGAAGCAACAGACAUAACUUCUGCCAAAUUGAGCAUACUAUAUAGAUCACCCUGGCUUGUGAAAGGCAUGUGACAAUGUAUGCAAUAAGAGCUAAAGAUACUGUAAUGAACUUGAAGAGGUAAUGUAGCCUCUGGGACAUUCUCCUAAGUCAGUUUGUAAAUGUAUCUCUAGAUAAUGAAUCGUUUUGUCUGGUUCUCCACUCAGAGCCAGGGGUGGGGUAGGUCAUGGGAAGACUUGAAGAAGAUAAUACUUUUAAGUAGGAAUUCAAAUGUACUUUAGUUGUUUUUUAACUUUUCUCUCAUGGAGAUCGUCUAGAUCCCUCUCCACUUUAUUUCUCCCUUAAAGGUCUCUAUUAAGGAAGGUCAAAUGCAACAGUCUCCACCUGACAGUGUUUUAUUCAUCACUUUCGGAAAAAAAGAAAAUUACGGACUGAUCCCUUCAAACUUCUCAACCUUCCAACUCGUGGUUGGAAGACUUGACGCUGCUGAGGUCUGUUGCCAGAUUCUCUCACUUUGAAAGCACACAAAGAGGACACUCAAAGAGUCGCUGAAGGGAAUGAAAAAUCAAAAGCAUAUCCACUUUUACUGAAGCUAGGUUGAACAGAUUACUUCUAGGGCAGAGCAGCUUAGAGAGACCAGAAGUAGGUACCAUACAGUUAUUCAUUCCAACACCUAAGAUAUUACACAAGGCAUCAGUCUUAUUUUGGUCCUUAUUAUAAGUGAAGGAUCUUAUUUUGUAUUACUUCUUAAAGACCUAACAUUUUUGUAAUAUGGAAUGAUGGAAUGUCAGAAAAAGAAAGUCCAAAAAUCAUUCUCUUUCCAUUUUAGACCCAAAUUCAAGAUGCUGAUCAUUCAAAAAAAAAAA